ACAUGUGCAUGCGGUCUUUCCCGGUUCUUCACCAUGGAUGAAGGAAGCCUUCGCGCGGCCAUUGAGGCGUACCAAAUCCAGUUGCAGCAAGUUGAGGCUGCACUGUGUGCAGGUGUGGAUUCAGCUCAGCAGACAGAUCUACUGAAGCUGAAAGAGGACAUUCUUCAGCUAAUCGAGCUGACAGAAUCUAGCCUGGUUUCUGUGAAGAAGAGCCAACUAUUGGCCUCGCUGGAAGAAUCUUCCACUCCGCGACCUGUAGCACAGGAAACUUCAGAGCUGUCCGGACAAAGAGAUCAUUUGGAUAAUGAAUUUACUGUUUUCUAUUCAGAAGUGGCAGGACUGUCGGGCACAGCUAGUGAAGGAGGGGAGACCGCAACACAUGACAAAGUUGAAGAAGAUGACAGUGAUGACCGUGAGGAAGAGUAUGAGGAAGAGGAGGAGCUUAGCGGUACUAAAGUACAAGCGCCGUACCGCUCCUCUUGGGGGACUCUGGAGUACCACAAUGCCAUGGUGGUGGGGUCUGAAGAGCCAGACGGCGACGAGGCCCAAGUCCGUGUGCUUUAUCUCUACCCAACACAUAAAGCCAUGAAACCCUGUCAGUUCUUCCUAGAGGGGAAGUGUCGUUUCAUGGAUAACUGCAGGUUUUCCCAUGGAGAGGUGGUGCAUGUAUCCGAAUUGCGUGAAUUUCUGGCCGUCGAUCUCACAGCUCUGGAGGUGGGGUCAUCAUGCCUGGCCAAACACCACGACGGCCUGUGGUUCCCUGCCAAAAUUACAGACAUAGAUGGUGGUUUUUACACCGUGAAGUUUGACUCGCUCCUCCUGAAAGAAGCAGUGCUUGAGGCUGACGCUGUAAUUCCGCCAAUGCGACAGGAGGAACAGCCCUCCUCUGAGUCUGAGGAUGACGAUGGUGAAGACUUUGACGCUGCAUAUGCUAAAGUUUUCAAUGUUGGCAAAGACGAGAGCUGUGCAAUGGCCAGUAGCUCUGCUCUGGGUGGCUGGGAGGUACACACUCGAGGAAUAGGCUCUAAACUCAUGUUGAAAAUGGGCUAUGAGUUUGGGAAAGGUUUGGGAAAGAGUCUGGAGGGUCGGGUGGAGCCAGUGCAGGCGCUGGUUCUGCCAAAAGGUCGUUCUUUGGACCAGUGUGCCGAAUUCACCCAGAAGAAGACCCAGGCCGCACUGGCCAAAGAUGGCUCUACGGGGACCAAACGAAAACAGAAAAAGAGGCAGAUUUCCUCUCAAAAGACCCAGCAUAACGUGUUUGAUUUUCUCAAUUCCAAGUUGGGCGAUGCAGAGCCAGCUGCUUCACCUCAGCAGUCUUUACCCACCGCAGGCAAAGAGGACGCUUACCGUGGGGGAAAGACCACAAAGAAAUCUCUGAAUGUCCGACUCUUCCAAGCCGCUGAGAAAAUGGCGCAGACAGAGAAAGAAAUCCAGCGUCUGACUGAGUCUCUGAAGAGAAGAAACGGAAGAGAUGCGGCAGUGAUUAGCCGUCUGGAGGAGAGACUGUGCGCGUCACGCAAUGCCCUGCAGCAACUGAAGGCCCAGGAGCAGAGUAUCAUACAUCAGCAGAAGAAAGCAGACACGCACAAAAAGAUGACUGAGUUCUGAGCAAGGCAAAAACACACCCAAACAGAGCAGAGCUGAUGUCUGAGGAUGGAUAACCUGUCUGAUGCCCCUCCCACCCCCGUUCUCUGAUCAUUAAACCACACACAGACGAACUAGGAGGGAAAAAAAAGUUUUUAAACAACAAUUGAUUUUUCUCCAGAAUUUCCCUCUUACAUACUUCAACUUGACAGUUUGUCCGGUUGACUCUCAUGAUGGAAUUUAUUUGGGGUCUUCCCUUGGGGGACCGUAACCUUUCACGUUUUAGGUUUGUGGGUUGACUUUUUGCCCUUGACUUUGAAAUAAAGGUCA